AUGAGGAUGGUAGUGGAUGCCUUUGCUAAUGGUACUCUGAUUUCUAAGUCUUAUAAUGAAGCUUACGAAAUUAUUGAGAGGAUUGCCAGUGACAAUUAUCAAUGGCUGACCAAUCAAGCAACAUCGAGAAGGCGAGUCGUUGGAAUACAUGAAGUGGACGCUCUCACUUCACUUACAUCUCAGGUAUAUUCAAUAUCCUCAAUGCUUAAGAAUCUUACCACUAAUGGGUCUAACAGUUUUGUAGCCCAACCACCUAACCAAUUUGAGAAUAUAGACUGUGUGUAUUAUGGGGAAGGACAUUUGUUUGAAGAAUGUCCAUCGAACCCCGAAUUCGUAUAUUACAUGGGUAACCAAAACCAAAACCAAGGGAGGCAAGGACUGCAAUCUAACUUUUAUAACUCAUCAUGGCGAAAUCACCCGAAUUUUUCCUGGAGUAACCAAGGGGCUGGAACCAGGAAGGAACAUUGUAAGGCAUUGACAUUGAGGAACGGAAAGACAGUAGAGUCCAACACUGUCGAAGUUGGAAAGGAGCAAGUUGAUGCUCAAGAUUCAAAAGAAGUUCAACCAAGUGUUGAAAUUCCAUUUUCACUAGAACCAAAAUCUGCAAAACUCAACAAAGUAACCUCAAGACUAGCUAAUUCUGAUCAACUAACAAUGUCGUUAGAUGUAGAAUUGCCGCCAAAUAUGAAUCAACCAGAAUCAGUCCCAGUAAUAAAACCACCACCACCCAACACUCAAAGACUUCACAUGAACAUCCCAUUGGUUGAAGCACUUGAGCAAAUGCCGAACUACGUCAAGUUCAUGAAAGAUAUCUUGUCUAAGAAAUGA